UCACCAACACUUUCAGAAUCGUCAUUAUCAUCCAUAAAUAGUAAUAGUUCCACUGGAAAAUUAAUUAAAAGUUUAUCAAAGGAUAAAUUGUCUAAUAAUAAUAAAAACCAGGGUAAAGAAAAUGGUAAAGUUGAACAACCAAAGAGAAAACCCAUCAAAUUUACCGUUAGGAAAGUAUCACAUGAACCAAUUAAAAGCCCAAUAUUAGAUAGUCAUCCAUCAUAUAAUCCUAGUCAUUACCAUACCAAAGUUCAAGUACCAAAUACUAAAAAUAAAACUACAAUAUCAUUUACUGGUAAUAAUGUUGAAAAAGACAAAUUGAAAGUUACUCAACAAUUAGAAGAACAACAAUCAAAAUAUGAUCAAUAUGAAAGUCGUAUCAACAAGAUUAAUAAAGAAAUUGAUUUUUUGACUAAUUUAUUACCACCAUAUAAUGUUGAGAUCGAUUACGCCACAAGGACAAAGAUUAAUAAAGCUAUUGAAAAAUUAAAGAUGAAACAAGAUGAAAUUGAAAAGAAAAAAUAUGGUUUAGGUAUUUCAAUUAGUAGAUUAUGGAGAGAACUUGAUGGUGAUGAUAUGUGGGUGAGAAGUGUUAGU